CAAACUAAUAAAGGUCGGCGGAGAAGGCUAUAUACGGACACGUUCGAGCGGCAGAGUUUGCGACAGAUGGGACCCACCACCACUCGCCUCGUCCUCUCUCUCUCUCUCUCUCUCUCUGUCCGCAGGUGAGGCAACGGUCCAUUUUUUGACCGUUGGAGACUCUCCCUUUAAUAAAGGGCCGGUUUAAAUCCAAAAACCAGCAAUCCCUAUCCCCACUACGCGUGCGGCCAAUCUCAUCCGUUCGUUCAGCCCCAUUUCCGUGCCAUAAUCUCCCACUGGAUAUAUAUUUAUUAGUGAUACUUGUUGUAUGUAUUCCCAGCAUUACCCUUUCGUGCCGGUCGUGUUAAAUAUUAUCGAAUAAAAUUCCGACCCUGCGAUCAUUGAUUUGAUUCAUAGAAGCGGCCAACGCAGGGAAAGAACCCGGAAGCUGAGGAGGAUAAAUUAGUAAUUUCAGAAAUCCGGAGUUUCUGUUUGGAGUCUUUGGACUUUGGAGGCUGUGUACAAAUUUUUUUUGGAAUUAAGUUUGAGCGGAUAGAGAUGCAAAUAGAGCAGAGAGAGGCGGGUCACUCGGUCUGUGGAGCGGGGGGCUAGCAGAGCUCUCUGUGAUAACCAACGGCUGAGACCUUUUAGUUAUAGAUCCAACGGUUCCAAACCCCAUCCCGCUUUUUUAUAUCUCCCGGCUCCACCGCUCCUCUUUUUUCCCUCUCCCCCAUUUUCCAGAAGCAUCAUCUCUCAUUAGAGAGAGAGAUCUAGAGAGAGAGAGAGAGAGAGAGAGAGAGAGCAAGGGCGAUGAUGAUGAUGAUGGGGUAUGGGAGGAGGAGUAGGUCGAUCAAGGCUGCGGCGGCUUCGGCGGCGGUGGUGUGGGCGGCGGUGGUGCUCCGUCUAGCGGGGCCGUCGAUCCUGGGGUUCGUGGCCGAUGAUCUCCCUCGAUUGUACGGAUUCGUCCUGGACUGGCUCACCCCGCCGUACCUCUACCUCGUCAUCAACGUCAUCAUCCUCUCCAUCGCCGCCUCCUCCCGCUUCAGCGAUAACCCCCCGGAAUCCGGGCCCCCAACGACCAUCUCCGUCGCCUCUCCGCCCCCGGAAAUCGAUGUCGCGGAGGAGUACGACGCUGGCGAAGUUACGGGAGCGGCUGCGGCGGCGAAGGCCGAAGAGGAGGAGGGGGAGGAGGAGGAGGAGAAGAAGAAAGAGGAGGAGGAGGAGGAGGAGGAGGAGGAGGAAGAGGAGUUCGUGAUAUCGAGGUCGAGCUGGUCGCCUAAGCGGAGGAGGAAGACGACGGAGAUUCCGACGACGGAAUGCUAUUCGAAUUCAAGGGAGGAGAAACCGCUGGUUUCCUCCAGGUUCAGCCGCAGGAAGAGCGCCAGGCCCAGCCCCGACGGGAAGGUGUUGGGGGUGGUCCGGCCGAAGCGGAACGAGACGCUGGAGAGCACGUGGCGGACGAUCACGGAGGGGCGUGCGGUGCCGCUGGCUCGCCACCUCAAGAAGGCAGACACGUGGGACGCGCGCCCCCGCGCAUCCGCCGACGAUCCGGCGGCGGCGGCGGCGAUGCGGAAGUCGGAGACUUUCCAGGAGCGGACGAGGAGGGCGCCGUCCCCGUCCCCGUCCCCGUCGCGGGGGUCGGGGGGGAGGCUGAGGAGGGGGGAGGCCUCGCUGGGGCAGGACGAGCUCAACCGGCGCGUGGAGGCCUUCAUUAACAAGUUCAACGAGGAGAUGCGGCUGCAGCGCCAGGAGUCCUUCAAGCAAUACAUGGACAUGAUCAACAGCAACCGAACCACCAAUUAAUUAAUUAACCGGUUAAUUAAGUAAUAAAUUAAUGAAGCAGAAUGGUGAAACUUGAUCGGAUAUAUUUAGAUAGCACAGCUGCCCUGGGUGAAAGGAGAAAGAUCAUACAUAUACAUGAGGAGAAAGAGUCGAUGUGUGUUAUAUUGUAUAACUACUCCCCUUCUUUGGGACUCGAUCGGAGAAUUUUGGUGUGUUUGGUUUCUUUGGUUGUAAUCUUUUGUUGUUAUGUCGGAUAUUUUUUUUUUCAUUCGUUGAUUUGUUUAGCUUUCCACAACAAGCUUGGAGUAGGGGUGGUCUGUGUUUCAUUCAUGGUUAAUUUGGUCACUAGUUUGGCUUUUUACU